GGUUUCGUUUCGUUUUCGGCAGCUGAAGUUACCGCAGUCUUUAAAGGGGGAAAGUGUACCACGCAUGCGCAGAACUCCAUGGAACUUGUGUUUUGGUCUAGACUGUUUGAAGAGUUUGUGCUCCAAAGUUACUGUUAUAGUUAUUAUUGUGAAAUACUGAAGCCUUAAAUCAUAUCGCCUUGUUACUGACAGUUUAUUCAUUUAACUUCAAAUAUCUCAGCUGACUGUAUCUGAGGAGGCCUGUUAGUUAACUGUGCAGAUGUCAUCAUGAUCCCACUUUCCUUCUGUUUCUUCCUGCUGGAUCUGUGUGGAAUAAUUCUCGGACAUGCAAACGGGUCGGGUGACGUCAGAGUGGUUGUGAAAGAAGGGAGUGACGCCAUUUUACCCUGUUCCCUCAGCAACAAGGAGAACGCUGAGGAGAAACUCUUUGACUGGAAGAAAGAUGGUCGGAAGGAGAUUUUCUUUUAUGAUGGAGGCCUUCAUUACAACAACGGCCGUCCAGGUCAAGAUCAGCAGUUCAAAGGUCGCGUCUCACAUUUUCAAGAUGAGCUGAAGUACGGAAACGCCUCCAUCAUCAUCAGAAAUACGAAGGUGACCGACAGUGGAGACUACACCUGUGAUUUUCCACGUCUUCAGCAAACAUUCCACAUUCAGCUUGUUGUUGACCUAACUUUAAGAGACCGAUCAGCAGAUAUAAUUGGAGCAUCUCCAGAGCCGUAUGUCAAGAUACUUAAUCAAACGCAGGACGUGGCCCUGCUGCAGUGUGAAGUUCGAGGUGCUUCUCCAAAACCUACAGUAGAGUGGCAGGACAGUGCUGGAAACAAACUUCCUGCUGAGGAGCCACAGGUCUCAGAAAGAGGAGGCAGCUUCUACAUCAUCCUCCAAACUACUGUGAUGAAGACCGACAACUAUCGCUGUGUAGCCACACAGGAGGAGAUCAAACAUCAGAUUCAUACUGAGACCUACCUCUAUAUCGGCGAGAAACUGUUUGAGGACACGUGCAGCAGAGGGGACGUCACAGGAUGGUUUGGUGGAAUCGUUUUAGGAGCUGUAAUUCUUGCUGCAGUUCAAGCUUCACUUGUAGCUACAAAGCGCAUCACAGUACGCUGUAAUAAAGGAGCAACUGAAGAGAGAGAGGAAACCUGGGAGAGAGACAUGAUGACACUGAGCAGAGCAUGUGGACCUGUGUAAUCCAACCUUAGCGCUCCACCAGACUGUAUAACAAAGUGGACACCAUGACUUCACCUGCUGGUUUGUGGACUUGCCUUUUUGAAGACUUGAAUGUGGCAUAUUGGCCGUAAUCAUUUGGGGUUUUUUAAACAGAAGGGACCAAAUUUACACUAAUCAGGAAAGUGUUUACUCAGGUGAUAAAUCAAGUGAGAAGUCGGGUCAUUUUUAUUUUGACUUCUCUGCAGUCAGACUUGUUUUAGAGGUUCCCUCUUGCCUCUCUCACACUGUUGAGUGAAAACUGAAUUAUCCACUGGACUGUGUUAAAGACAUGAUGGCACCUAAAUGAAAUAGAAGAAGUUACACACAUAUCUCAACAAAACAGAGCUUUAAAAAGGGACCUGUAAUGUAGCCUAUAUGUAUGUGUGUAUGUGUGUAUAUAUAUAUAUAUAUAUAUAUAUAUAUAUAUAUAUAAUAAUCUAACUUGUACCUUGACCAUGUAGUGCCAAGUUUGCAGCUUGUAAAAUGAGGCAUCAACUCAUUUUAUCAGCUGUUCGAUGAACCUCUGAUCAGUACUGACCACUGCAGAUCCUUUUGGAGAUGCUAUGACCCAGUCUUCUAGUCAUCACAGUUUGCUCAUCUCAAAGUCGCUCAAACCCUCACGCUUACCUAUUUAUCCUGCUUCUGACACAUGAACUUCAUGAUGUCUCAUAGCUCUAUAAACACCAGACAUGUGAUAAACACAUUUAGGGUCCCUGUCCUACACCUGAUGCAGAGAGCCACGAAGCACCGACGCAAUAAUUUUCCCGUCCAGCACUGGCGCCCAGGGGUUUACAGCAGUGGUCGGCAAUGGGCGGGUCAGAACUGGACUUUUAAAAUAAGAUUACAAUGUGAAAGAUUAAUAUUAUAAAUCUAUAUACUUUAUAGUAUGCUUUAUUAUGGUUAGGCCUACUUGUAGGGGUGUGACGAGAUUCGAGAUUGGGUUCUCGAGAUGAGAUUUUAACACUAUUUUAAUUUUAUCUUUAAUGCUGAAUUACAUGAAAAGUUUAAGCAGAAAGGCAAGGCAAGUUUAUUUAUAUAGCACAUUUCAACAACAAGGUAAUUCAAAGUGCUUUACAUAAAACAUAAAAGCAACAGGGAAAUAUAAAAAAAGUUUAAAAGCAUCAUAGUUUUCCAAUUCAUGUGUGACUUGAUACAUGUGAAAAAUGUCAAUUGCGUGAGUCUCGUGAUACAAAUUUUUACCUGACGAGAUUUCUCGUCACGUUUUAAUCUCGUCACACACCUGGUUACUUUAUUAUAAUGAUCAGAUUUACAGAAUUGCAGUAAUGGCGACUGAAAGUGGCCAAACAUAGGAAUUUAAAAAGACAAGCCAAGAGACGAAGUACAACCUUUUUGAAUGAUGCACCUGAGCCUUUAUUAUAGUAAAGACUUAUUUUAACACAAACCACAACAACUUUUUAAUUAUUCCUCCACUACACCAUUUCAUCCACUGUCAUUCAUCACAACGACAAAUUCAUGUUAGUUUAAUCUUUUGGUGGAACGAAGAGAACGAGAAUAUUCAUGUCGGACUUGAUGUCGAGUAAAAAUGAACCAAAUUGUGCCUUUUGUUUCGUCCCAGGUGUGAAAAAGACUUUAGGCAGCUAGACAGGGUCAGGACUGAACUGCUGUGAAUGUUUAAUUGUUUGAUUGUUUAAAUAUUUUCUGUGUACUUAAUAUGUAUGUAAAGAUAAAUGUAAUGUUACUUUUGUUUUGUUAUUUUAUUCAUCACUUUAUAUUUAUCACGGUGUCAAGAAGGAGCUGCCAGUUAGUAUUUAUGCUGAGAACAAACCGUAUGUAUCAUCAUUUAUUAAGAGCUGAAGCAGAGUCAGGAAGAGUUCAGUAUUUCUCUCUGGAUAUUAUGUACAGCAUUAUGUGUUUUUUACAAAUAUAUUUUCAUGUCUACAAAAAGGCUUUACAAUCAUUAACCCCUAUUUUUAUUUUGAGGGAAAUAAUUGACUGACCCAACACCUGUUUUUGGAUUCUCAAAGUCUUUGAAGACAAAAUGAAUGUAAGCUCUUUAAAAAUCUGUUUCUAAUAAAAUGCAGUCAAUCUAUAAAAA